AUGUCUAAUAGAUAUCAUAAACAUGAAUCCGGCCAUUCUAAAAGGCAAAAGAAACAAAAACGAGAAGCUGAAAUAGAAUCACUAAAGGGUUCUUUACUCACAUUCGUAAAACCUAUAAAUGCUGAAGAGUCUAUACAUGUUGAUGUUGAUGAAAAUGUAAAUGUUGAUGUUGAUGAAACUGUAAAUCUUGAUGAACCUUUAAAUGUUGAUGUUGAUGAAACUGUAAAUCUUGAUGAACCUUUAAAUGUUGAUGUUAAUGAACCUUUAAAUGUUGAUGAUUUUGUACAUGUAUAUGGACCUUCAAAUAUAUUUGAUCCUAGUCAGUGGACUACUAUUAACACCAAUUUAAGAGAUUUCCUUGUAGAAAAAGGUCCAAUUAAGAUUGAUAGUCAUGAUUUUCCUAAAGAUGAGCAUUCUAGGAGCUUUAGUCCUUCGCUCUAUAUGCAAAAAAUGGCAAAUGGAGAGAAAUAUGAAAGAAAAUGGUUGAUUUACUCUAUAGAGUUAGAUAAAGUAUUCUGUUUUUGUUGCAAAUUGUUUGAUGUGAAUUUAUCUAGAAGUAUAGCUAAAAAAGAUAAGGAACAAUGGAAAGAUGUACUUAAAAGAAUUAUUGGCGUUGUAAAAACUUUUAGCAUGAACAAUAUACCAUUUCGUGGAGAUAACGAAAAACUUUAUGAAAAAAACAAUGGUAAUUUUUUAGCUAUUGUUCAAAUGAUUGCAGAAUUUGAUCUCGUAAUGAAAGAACAUAUAAGACGAAUAAAGAACAAAGAAAUCUACAAUCAUUAUCUUGGUCAUAAUAUGCAAAACGAACUAAUUAGUUUAUUAGCAUGUGAAGUUAAAAAUAAAAUUGUUAACAAAGUUAAGGAAGCUAAAUACUUUUCAGUUAUACUUGAUUGCACACCUGAUGCUAGUCAUAAAGAACAAAUGCCAAUUAUUUUACGAUGCUUAGAUAUCUCAUCAACACCGAUUGAAGUUAAAGAAUAUUUUUUUAGAAUUUAUAAUAGUAGACGAUACAACCGGUAA